CACAGCCUACCAGUCUGUGUGAAGAAGACUUCCGGUGGUGUGUCAUGGCGGUGGCAUGGUGAAUUCUACAGAAAGGGAUACAUCUUAUUCCCCGUCCUGCUCUCCAGCCAGUUCAGGGAAGAUUUUAUCAUAGAAAGAAGCGUAUCCGCUCCGGCAUCGCCCCUUGGAUCAGUCAGCACGCCGCUGCAGUUUCCCUCCGCCCGGUCAUGGCGGCUCACAAACCCGUGGAAUGGGUCCAGGCCGUGAUCACCAGAUUCGAUGAGCAGCUUCCCAUUAAAGUUGGCCACCAGAAUACCCACACCAAAGUCAGCACAGAGCACAACAAAGAAUGUCUGAUCAACAUCUCCAAGUACAAGUUCUCCCUCGUCAUCAGUGGCCUUACCACCAUCCUUAAAAAUGUCAACAACAUGCGGAUAUUUGGAGAAGCUUCUGAGAAGAACCUCUACCUCUCUCAGCUCAUCAUCCUGGACACACUGGAGAAGUGCCUGGCUGGGCAAUCCAAGGACUCUUUGCGUCUGGACGAGACCAUGCUGGUCAAACAGCUUCUGCCAGAGAUCUGCCAUUUCAUCUAUACAUACCGUGAGGGCCACCAGCAUGCCGCUGAGCUCCGCGCCUCGGCCUCAGCUGUCCUCUUCUCCCUGAGCUGCAACAACUUCAAUGCUGUCUUCAGCCGUAUCUCCACCAGACUCCAGGAGCUGACAGUGUGCUCCGAGGACAAUGUGGAUGUUCAUGAUAUAGAGCUGAUGCAGUACAUCAAUGUUGACUGCUCCAAGCUGAAGAGGCUGCUACAAGAAACUGUACUGAAGUUUAGAGCUCUCAAGAAGCCUGCCCAGCUAGCUGUCAUCAACAGUUUAGAAAAGGCGUUUUGGAAUUGGGUGGAGAAUUACCCCGAUGAGUUCACCAUGCUCUACCAGCGACCACAGGCUGAUAUGGCAGAAGCUGCAGAGAAGUUGUUUGAUCUGGUGGACAGCUUUGCAGAAAGUGCCAAGAGGAAGGCAGCUGUGUGGCCGCUGCAGAUCAUCCUCCUCAUCCUUUGUCCAGAGAUCACUCACACAAUCUCAAAAGACACUGUUGAAGACAGCAAAGCCAACAAGAAGCUGUUUUUGGAUAGUUUGCGGAAAGCUUUAGCAGGUCAGGGUGGUGGCAAGCAGCUGAUGGAGAGUGCUGCCAUCGCCUGUGUCAAGCUGUGCAAAGCCUCCACCUACAUCAACUGGGAGGAUCACUCCACCAUUUUCCUCUUGGUCCAGUCUAUUGUCAUAGAUCUCAAGGCUCUGCUGUUCAACCCAGCGAAACCUUUCUGGAGGGGCGCAGGCAGCCAGAGUGCUGAUGUGGAGCUCAUGAUGGACUGCUUUGUCUCCUGUUUCCGCAUUAAUCCUCACAACAACCAGCACUUUAAGGUCUGUUUGGCAUCCUCCUCCCCCUCGACCUUUCACUUUGUCCUGGUCAACUCAUUGCACAGAAUUAUCACCAAUUCCCAUCUUGACUGGUGGCCUAAGAUUGAUGCAGUGUACUGCUACUCUGGAGAGCUUCGCUUUAUGUUCUCAGACACUCUCAAUCGGGUGAAUCAAGGCAUCGGUACCCAUGCUCCACUACGUAUGACACCGAGUCUUACCUUCAAAGGGAAGAUGACAACCAGCCUUAAGUUCAAAGAAAAAGCCACAGACCUGGACACUCGAAGUUACAAGUGCCUCCUUCUUGCUCUGGUUAAACUCAUCCAUGCUGACCCCAAACUCAUGUUGCACAACCCAGUAAGGCAAGCUCCAGAGAUGCAGAGCAGCACAGCAGAGCUCAUCACCGGCCUGGUACAGCUAGUGCCUCUAACCAACACCACCCAACUAUCACAAGAAGCUAUGGAGGCACUGUUGGUUCUACAUCAGCCAGAGACGAUAGACCUGUGGAAUCCCGAUACCCCCAUUGAGACAUUUUGGGACAUCAGUUCACAGGUGCUUUUCCUCAUCUGCCGUAAGCUGAUUGGCCAGCAGAUGGUUAAUGGGACAGAAGUUCUGAAAUGGCUGAGGGAGAUCCUAAUCUGCAGGAACAAAUUUCUGCUCAAGAACAAGCAGGAGUGUGCCACUAUGGGUAGUGGCAUUCCCAUUUGCCGGCAAGCACAGACAAAGCUGGAGGUGAGUCUCUACAUGUUCCUGUGGAGUCAAGACACGGAGGCAGUGCUGGUUGCCAUGUCAUGUUUCCGCCACCUCUGUGAGGAGGCUGAUAUCCGCAGCGCCGCUGACGAAGUGCCUGUUCAAAACAUCCUACCCAACUACGCCACCUUCAGUGAACUGGCCUCUGUAAGCAACAUGAUGGGAACAGGACGAUCCACAUUGCAGAAGAGGGUGAUGGCCUUGUUAAGGAGAAUAGAGCACCCAACACCAGGAAACAUUGAGGCUUGGGAGGACACAUACACAAAAUGGGACCAGGCCACCAAACAGAUUCUCAACUUUCCCAAAAACAAGGCUGAUGAUGGGCAGCAGGAGUGGAUCAACAUGACCGGCUUCCUAUGUGCUCUGGGUGGUGUGUGUCUUCAGCAGCGCAGCACCCCAGGCCCAGCCACUUAUAGCCCACCUAUGGGCUCAAUGAGCGAACGCAAAUUCUCCAUGAUAUCCAUUGGCCCUUGCGAGAUGUCCAAUUCCAUGGUCUCAGCUUCAUCUUGCUCCUCAUCGGCAUCCAGUGAGACGCCUGUUAGCCGCUUCCUGGACCGGCUGCUGGCCCUGCUUGUGUGUGGCCACGACAGGGUCGGUCUCCAUGUUCGCACCAGUGUUAAAGACCUGCUGGGGCUGGAGCUCAGCCCUGCUCUCUACCCCAUGCUCUUUAACAAGCUGAGGAACAGUAUCGGAAAGUUCUUUGACACACAAGGACCAGUUCCUAUCAACGACACUAACACCCAGUUUGUGGAGCAGACCAUAGCCAUCAUGAAGAACUUGUUAGAUAACCACACAGAGGGCAGCUCCGAACACUUGGGACAGGCCAGCAUCGAGACCAUGAUGCUCAACCUGGUCAGGUAUGUGCGCAUCCUGGGAAAUAUGGUUCAUGCAAUCCAGAUCAAAACCAAGCUGUGCCAACUUGUGGAAGUUAUGAUGGAGAGAAGAGAUGACCUAUCUUUCUGCCAGGAGAUGAAAUUUAGGAACAAGAUGGUAGAGUACCUGACAGACUGGGUGAUGGGAACCUCCAAUCAGGCUACUGAUGAUGACAUCAAGUGCCUGACAAGGGACCUGGAUCAGGCGAGCAUGGAGGCAGUAGUAUCUCUGUUAGCUGGUCUUCCUCUGCAGCCAGAAGAGGGCGAUGGAGUAGAACUGAUGGAAGCCAAAUCUCAGCUCUUCCUCAAGUACUUCACUCUAUUCAUGAACCUGCUGAAUGACUGCAGUGAGGUGGAGGACGAGGGCCAGGCAGUGGGGGGACGAAAAAGAGGAAUGUCUCGCCGAUUGGCCUCGCUUCGCCACUGCACUGUCCUGGCCAUGUCCAACCUGCUCAAUGCUAACGUAGACAGUGGUCUCAUGCACUCAAUCGGUCUGGGCUACCACAAGGACCUGCAGACUCGAGCCACCUUCAUGGAGGUACUGACUAAGAUCCUGCAGCAGGGAACAGAGUUUGACACGCUGGCGGAGACUGUUCUUGCUGACCGUUUUGAGAGGCUGGUGGAGCUGGUGACCAUGAUGGGAGACCAAGGAGAGCUGCCCAUCGCCAUGGCUCUGGCUAAUGUGGUUCCUGGAUCUCAGUGGGAUGAACUUGCCAGAGUCCUGGUGACACUGUUUGAUUCCCGUCACCUCCUCUACCAGCUGCUGUGGAACAUGUUCUCUAAAGAGGUGGAGCUGGCUGACUCCAUGCAAACUCUCUUCAGAGGAAACAGCCUAGCUAGCAAAAUAAUGACCUUCUGUUUUAAGGUAUAUGGGGCAGCAUACUUGCAGAAGCUACUGGAGCCUUUAUUAAGAGGGGUCAUAACCACUCCUGACCACAUCAUCUUUGAGGUGGACCCCACCAGGCUGGAACAAGUUGAGAACCUGGAGGAGAACCAGAGGAACUUGCUGCAGAUCACUGAGCGGUUCUUCCAGGCCAUCAUUGGUUCAUCCAGCGAGUUCCCCCCACAGCUCCGCAGUGUCUGCCAUUGUCUCUACCAGGCUACUUGUCACUCUCUACUGAAUAAAGCAACAGUAAAAGAAAAAAAGGAAAACAAAAAAGCAGUGGUGAGUCAGCGCUUCCCGCAGAACAGCAUUGGUGCUGUGGGCAGUGCCAUGUUUCUUCGGUUUGUCAACCCAGCUAUUGUAUCCCCGUAUGAGGCUGGCAUCUUGGAUAAAAAGCCCUUGCCCAGGAUAGAACGAGGUCUCAAACUUAUGUCCAAGAUUCUGCAGAGCAUUGCAAACCACGUCUUAUUUACAAAAGAAGAAUACAUGAGGCCUUUUAAUGAUUUUGUGAAGAGCAACUUUGAUUCUGCAAGGAGGUUUUUCUUGGACAUAGCUUCCGACUCUCCACCCAGUGACAGUGUCAAUCAUAGUCUGUCCUUCAUCAGUGAUGGUAAUGUGCUGGCCCUCCACCGCCUGCUGUGGAAUAACCAGGAGAGGAUUGGCCAGUACCUUUCCAGUAACAGAGAUCACAAGGCUGUAGGCAGACGGCCUUUUGACAAGAUGGCAACCCUGCUAGCCUACCUAGGACCCCCUGAACACAAACCCGUGGCUGACACUCACUGGUCCAGUCUUAACCUGACUAGUUCCAAGUUUGAAGAGUUCAUGACCAGGCACCAGGUCCAUGAGAAGGAAGAGUUCAAAGCAUUGAAGACGCUCAACAUCUUCUACCAGGCUGGAACAUCCAAGACUGGGAACCCAGUGUUCUAUUAUGUGGCUCGCAGGUUCAAAACGGGGCAAAUCAAUGGGGACCUGCUCAUCUAUCACGUCCUCCUUACCCUCAAACCCUACUAUGCCAAACCCUAUGAGAUAGUGGUAGACUUAACUCAUGUAGGACCCAGCAAUCGCUUCAAGACUGACUUCCUAUCUAAGUGGUUUGUGGUCUUUCCUGGCUUUGCCUAUGAGAACGUAGCAGCUGUUUAUGUCUACAACUGCAAUACAUGGGUGAGAGAGUAUACCAAGUACCACGAGCGGCUUCUGACAGGCCUGAAGGGCAGCAAGAGACUCCAGUUUAUUGACUCUCCAGCUAAGCUUGUCGAGCAUAUUGAACCUGACCAGCAGAAGCUGCCUGCUGCUACGCUGACUCUGGAGGAAGAUCUUAAAGUGUUCCAUAAUGCCCUCAAGCUGGCCCAUAAAGACACCAAGGUCUCAAUAAAGGUGGGAUCGACAGCAGUUCAGGUGACCUCAGCUGAGCGGACCCGUGUCCUUGGCCAACCAGUUUUCCUCAAUGAUGUCUACUAUGCUUCAGAGAUUGAAGAGAUUUGUCUCGUGGAUGAGAGCCAGUUCACUCUCACAAUGGCCAAUCAGGGCACACCUCUUACUUUCAUGCACCAGGAGUGUGACACCAUCGUUCAGUCCAUCAUCCAUAUACGGACACGCUGGGAGCUAUCGCAGCCCGACUCUAUCCCACAGCACACCAAGAUCCGUCCUAAAGAUGUUCCUGGCACUCUGCUCAACAUUGCUCUGCUCAACCUUGGCAGUUCUGACCCCAGCCUCAGGUCUGCAGCUUACAAUCUGUUGUGUGCUUUGACCUGCACCUUUAACCUAAAGAUAGAGGGCCAGCUGUUGGAGACGUCAGGCCUCUGCAUCCCAGCCAACAACACCCUCUUCAUAGUCUCCAUCAGCAAGACUCUUGCUGCCAAUGAGCCCCAUCUAACACUGGAGUUUUUGGAAGAGUGCAUCUCAGGCUUCAGCAAGUCCAGUAUUGAGCUCAAGCAUCUGUGCUUGGAGUACAUGACACCUUGGCUGCUCAACCUAGUUCGCUUCUGUAAGCACAACGAUGAUGCCAAGCGCCAGCGUGUUACUGCAAUUUUGGACAAACUCAUUACCAUGACCAUUAAUGAAAAGCAGAUGUAUCCCUCUAUCCAAGCCAAGAUCUGGGGAAGCCUUGGCCAGAUAACAGACCUGUUGGAUGUGGUGUUGGACAGUUUUAUUAAGACAAGUGCCACAGGAGGUCUGGGCUCCAUCAAAGCAGAGGUCAUGGCUGAUACUGCAGUGGCUCUGGCUUCUGGGAAUGUCAAAUUGGUCUCCAGCAAGGUUAUUGGUCGGAUGUGCAAGAUCAUUGACAAGACAUGCCUGUCGCCAACACCCACGCUGGAACAGCACCUAAUGUGGGACGAUAUUGCCAUCUUGGCACGCUACAUGCUCAUGCUGUCCUUCAAUAACUCCCUGGAUGUUGCAGCCCACCUGCCCUACCUGUUCCACGUGGUGACCCUGCUGGUAGCUACAGGGCCGCUUUCGCUUAGGGCUUCCACCCAUGGUUUGGUCAUCAACAUCAUCCACUCCCUCUGCACCUGCUCACAGCUUAACUUCAGUGAGGAGACAAAGCAGGUGCUGAGGCUAAGCCUGACCGAGUUCAGUCUGCCAAAGUUUUACCUGCUGUUUGGCAUCAGCAAAGUCAAGUCAGCUGCCGUCAUUGCCUUCCGCUCCAGCUACAGAGACCGUUCCUUUUCACCAGGCUCUUAUGAGAGGGAGACAUUCGCCCUGUCCUCCCUGGAGACUGUCACUGAGGCCUUAUUGGAAAUAAUGGAGGCUUGUAUGAGGGACAUCCCAGCCUGCAAGUGGUUAGAGCAGUGGACAGAGCUUGCACAGAAGUUUGCAUUCCAGUAUAACCCCUCUCUUCAACCAAGAGCGCUAGUGGUUUUUGGCUGCAUAAGUAAGAGAGUGAGCCAUGGCCAGAUCAAGCAUAUCAUCCGAAUCCUCAGCAAGGCAAGCCCUCUGCUCAGCAUAGACCGGGGUCUAGAGAGCUGUCUGAAGGGACCGGACAAUUACAACAGCCAAGUAUUAAUUGAAGCCACAGUCAUUGCUCUAACCAAGCUGCAGCCUCUUCUCAGCAAGGAGUCCCCCAUGCACAAAGCUCUCUUCUGGAUCGCAGUAGCUGUGCUGCAGCUGGACGAAGUAAAUCUGUACUCUGCUGGAACUGCCCUGUUGGAGCAGAACCUCCACACUUUGGACACAAUGCGCAUCUUCAAUGACAAGAGCCCAGAAGAAGUCUUCAUGGAAAUUAGACAUCCUUUAGAGUGGCACUGUAAGCAGAUGGAUCAUUUUGUGGGCCUCAAUUUUAGUGCCAAUUUCAACUUUGCACUGGUGGGCCACCUACUUAAAGGCUACAGACACCCAUCACCCACCACAGUAGCGAGAACAGUGAGAAUCCUGCACACACUUUUGACUCUCAUCAGUAAACAUCUGAAAUGUGACAAGUUUGAGGUCAACACCCAGAGUGUUGCCUAUCUGGCUGCACUCCUCACUGUAUCUGAGGAGGUCCGAAGUCGCUGCAGCCUCAAACACAGGAAGUCACUACUUAUUUCUGACCUGUCCAUGGACCCAGUACCCAUGGAUACCUACUGUAGUCACAUCGCUGAUCCCAGCUGCAGAAGUCUGCGAGAGACUCAGCCAUGGACAUCACCUCAGGUUUCAGAGCGCUAUCUUUCAACCCAUCACUACCCUAGUGUGGGCCAGAUCAGCCCACGUACACGCAAGUCCAUGAGCCUUGACAUGGGUCAGCCCUCACAAGCUAACACCAAGAAGCUUCUGGGCACCAGGAAGAGCUUUGAUCAUCUCAUAUCAGACUCCAAAGCACCAAAAAGACCAGAGAUGGAGUCGGGUAUGACCACCCCUCCAAAGAUGAGGCGUGUAGCAGAAAACGACUAUGAGAUAGAGACACAAAGAAUUGGAAACUCUCACCUCCGUAAAGUAUCUGUAUCAGAGUCCAACGUUCUGCUUGAUGAGGAGGUGCUGACUGAUCCAAAAAUCCAAGCUCUACUCCUCACUGUGCUGGCAACCCAGGUCAAAUAUACUACUGAUGACUUUGACCAACGGAUUUUGUACGAGUACUUGGCUGAAGCUUGCGUCGUCUUCCCAAAGGUUUUCCCAGUUGUCCACAAUCUGCUGGAUUCAAAAAUCAACACUGUGCUGUCCAUGUGCCAAGACACCAAUCUCCUCAACCCUGUCCAUGGCAUUGUCCAGAGUGUGGUUUACCAUGAGGAAUCACCACCACAGUACCAGCCAUCCUAUUUACAAAGCUUUGGCUUCAAUGGACUUUGGAGGUUUGCCGGACCCUUCUCUAAGCAAACCCAGAUACCAGACUAUGCCGAGCUGAUUGUUAAGUUUUUGGAGGCACUGAUUGAUAGCUACCUGCCGGCAGCUGACGAGGAGCGAGGAGAGGAGCAGUUGAGGACGCCCACCUCCCCCUACCCGCCCACCAGUCAGAGCCAGCUCAGCAUCACUGCCAACCUCAACCUGUCCAACUCUAUGACUUCACUGGCCACUUCGCAGCACUCACCAGGCGUGGACAAGGAGAAUGUCCAACUGUCCCCCAGCUCUGCUUUAUCCACCGGGGGUCGCACUCGCCACGGUUCAGCCAGUCAGGUCCAGAAGCAGCGCAGUGCCGGCAGCUUCAAGAGACCCAGUAUCAAGAAGAUUGUCUGAUCCACCAGAGAAUGCCAUCCCUUCUAUUCUCCCAGCUUCCUCCAUCUCUUGUUUCUCUCUGCCCCUCCUUCAUUCUGCAAGGCCUCAUACUAAACUCAAGUUUAAAAUGUCCUCCCUCUUCAACUUAAUUGCUUUGGCAGUAGAACAAGUGAUAUUGUGUUUGGCAUUGAGGAGAGUUUUGCUUGAAAUAUUUUAUGUGAGCCAGCAUAUGGUGGAGGACAAGGUUCAGUUAAAUUGUUCCUCACUUCUGCAGUUGACAUCUUUUUUUUUAUUACCUUUGUAUAUGGAGAUAAGUCUUUUGGAAAACUGGACAUUAAGGUUGAGAUUGGGACAUGUAUUGACUGUACCACAUCCCUUUACCUUUCUCAUGACUAAACAGUUCUCGUCGGUGAUAUGAUCCAAAAUGACGAGACAUUCAUCCUGGUCCUGCUUUUUCAUGUCAGUCCCCCUCUCCCACUUCUGUACAUAUUUUACAUAGACAGAUUAUGUAUAACCAGUCCCUAGUGCUAAUUUCAAUGUUGACUUUUUCUCCAUAGUGUGCCUUGGUCAGGGUUUUUCAUUGUGUACAAUUUGUAAAGUAAAAGAGUAAAAAACCUUGCUAAGGAUAAAGAACAGGUACUAAUUAUGGAGGUGAGCCUUCCAUAUCACCACAUGUUCACACAAGCUGUGUCAUGACCAGCCUCCAAUGAUCGUCAAAUAUACAAUCAUCCAUAUACCCUAUUGCCUAAAAGUAUUUAUUCUGUUUUGCUAGAUAUUGCUACACAAAUCUUUAAAAAGCGUUUCAAAGUUUAAAUAUGAAGGUUGUAAAAGACUAGGGGUAACACAACAGUGCAAAUACCGCCAAGCUUUUUUUGUGUUUUUGUGCAGAUUUAUUAACCUAUGGAGUAUUUUAAUGUAGGUUACUAUUAGUAUGAACUGAAUUUUCAGCAGCAAAGCAUUUUGAUUUGUUUACACAGUGAAAAAAAAAAGUGUAACAGGCAAUAAUCCUCAACUCAUUUGUCAACCACCCAUUUUAUUUUUUACAGUGAACAGGAGCAACACAACACUGUUUAUGUGAUAAAUACCUUAUACUAAUUACCUCCAGUGACCAUUUUGAACCAAAAAGGGCCAAUGCACAGUUAAUUGUUUUAUCCCUGUGGUCUUUUAAAUGAAAAAUUUACCUAAAAUAAGCUUUGACAGUUUUUUGUAUACCCCUUACAGAGUAAAAACAAUUUUUUCUUCAGAAAUAUAGUAUUGAUCACCAAUGUUAGGAAGUAGACUCAUUGUGCGGUAAAAAAAUUAUAUGCCACAUUUCUCAAAAGCCUUGAUCAGUUAGCCUUAAAUAUGAAUCUGAUCAAAGGCGUUGUCAGGACAAGUAAUCUAACGUUAAUGUUCUUGCAGCUAUCAACAUUUUCACUCUGAAAAUAAAAAAUGUCAUGUAUUGUCUAAUUCCAGCGCAAGAAAUGUGAAACACGAACACAAAUCAUCAGUAGGGAGUUCAGCUCCCUCCCUUCAAGAGAUUCCACAGCUCCCACAAAUAAGAAUGCGUCCAUUGAGUGUGAAAUUGAGAUUUUCCUUAAGAUCUGUAAUUAUAAUCCCCCAGGUUAUUGGUGGUGCAGACGGGAUUUUCAAACCAACCCAUUCAACCCCCAGAGCACAUGCUCUGUGUUACAGUAGAGGGAAACAGUAGUCUACUUUCAACAACUGUUUUGGGCACAUUUACUUCUCAGCUACAAAUAAUCAGAGUCUAUUCUCAAGAAAACUGUAGUAUUUCAGAUUUUUUUUCUGAACAUUUCUCUAAACUUGCAGGCAAGUCAUUGGCUUAGACAUCACAUUUUAUUAAACACACAGAAAUUCUAGAACUGCAUAUGCUUCUAAUGUACACCAUACACAAGGCAAUCUGAGGCAGAACCCAACACACCGCCCUGACCAAAAACAAAUUUUGAUUUAGGUUAAGUGUCAUCCCAGAAUUUGUCCACCAGAGAGCAUUUAUUAUUUGCACCGUAAAAUGUUCAGCUGAUUUGCAACGUUUAAAAUGAAAUGAUGGGAAAAAAACUGCUAGUGUUGGCAAUUUAUUUUACAUUGGUUUGACUUAAUUGGUAACUCAUCAACAACAUGAUGGUCAUUGUGAUGGAUUAUGUCAGCCAGCAGGUUGACUAAAAUAUCUGGAAACUAAAGGGCUGCCUAUAGAGUAGAGACCUACUGACAGAUUCAAAACACUGGUUUAUUGUAAACUGGCCGACAGGUAGCAGCUGUGAACACAUUUCUAUAGAUUGAGUUUUGUUCAGUUGACCAGGUGCACAAUGAGAUUAUGAUUAUCAGUGCUACACUUGCGCCCUCCAUCCACACCACAGAUGUGGUUUAUUUGUUAAAAUGCCUCUAUCCUGCCUUAUCAGGUAUUGCACAACUCAGAUUAUUUUUUAUUUGUCAGUAACAACUUGCAACAACAUGCUGCUCAUUCAAUGUGCAUGUGACGGAUGGAAGCAUAUAUGAUCAGUUUACCAUUUGAGUUUUUCUUUUUUUAAGUUGAAUGAAGAGAUGUUUAAGUUGUGUUUUUCAGUUCAUUGGGGGCUCGAAACAUUCAUGAGAUGAAUGCUAUGGUGAGGGGUAUUUUCAUUAGACAGCCUCAGAAACAGUAUUUUGUAGUUCAGGCCCAAAGAACAGCAUAAAGGGAAAAAUGUGUGUAGUAAUAAAGAGAAUAAAUAAGCUGGUCCACUUAAAUCUGUGGAAGUGGAUCGUAGCCUGAAGAAUCCUGAUUGCAAAGGUCACAUUCAAAAGGAUAAACAGCAUCCUGUCACGGAGACAUGAAUCUUACAAAGGGGGGUAUUAUCAAACACUUGAAAGGUGUUGAUGGUGUAGCUUCGUUGGAAAUAAGAAAAGUUUAAAACCAUUCAAUGUCAGCCCCUGGCCCUACAUAAAAGUAUGAGUGAUUUGCAGCUUGUACGUUUUGGAAAGUAAUAACUUAUAUAUGCCACAAGUCCUAUUUAAUAUGGGUUUUUUCAAACUUUAACAGAAACCACCCCGAUUCCACAGAAACAGAACAAUACUUAAUCCAUCCCUCUCAAACAAUUUCACAGGCACUGUUAUUAAAGCUAUUCUCACUGAUAUUCUUCAAAGAAGUGUCAGCAAAGCCCAAAUAACACAAUUGGCGAAUGUAACCAAACGCUACGAUGAAUAAUCUGAAGGCAAGAUUUAUUUAAGCACUGUUUUAUCAAUUUCCUUGGUUUCCAGGUUAUAUUUAUAUUGGUAUGUGAAUGGAAAUACUAGGGAUUAUAUAUCCUUAACCCCCCAUAAAAGCGGUUGACUUGCACUAAUUUAAAAACAGUCAUAGCUUUGUUAAGAUGAAAACAAAACCUCCAAGGGUGGCAUGUUUUAUUUGAUGUUAUGCAAAAUCUAAUGUUUGUAGAGUAUUAGUCUGAGCUUUGUUUUUAAUGCAGUAUGUGGGAUAAUUGUAAAUACUUUGUGUACAAUUUAAGAUGGUAUAUUUACCACACUGUAUAUACAUGUGAUAUUGUAUCAUUUAGUUUUUUGUAAAGCAGUUAGUUUCUGUAUAAUAAUCAAAUUGAACUAUUCCUGUGUUAGUAAUAAAAUGUUUUUCUCUCCACAA